CGCGGCGGCCGCUGCUCGCGCUGAAGUGCGUCGGUGCCCGGCCCCCCGCGCCCCCGCGCGCCCCGGCCCCUGCUGACCCGGCUCGCCCGUCGGCCCGCAGCGCGGCUGAGGAAACUUGAACAUAACUUCAAAAGAAGAUUUGAUACUUUAUUUCUGGACUGCAUAUACAUUACAAAGGCCAUCAGAAUGUCGGGAGCCUCAGUGAAGGUUGCUGUCCGUGUGAGGCCCUUCAAUUCUCGAGAGACCAGCAAGGAGUCCAAGUGCAUCAUUCAGAUGCAAGGCAACUCGACCAGUAUUAUUAACCCAAAGAACCCAAAGGAAGCACCAAAGUCCUUCAGCUUCGACUACUCCUAUUGGUCUCACACCUCGCCUGAAGAUCCCUGUUUUGCAUCUCAAAAUCGUGUGUACAAUGACAUCGGAAAGGAAAUGCUCUUACAUGCCUUUGAGGGUUAUAAUGUCUGUAUUUUUGCCUAUGGGCAGACUGGUGCUGGGAAAUCUUAUACAAUGAUGGGUAAACAAGAAGAAAGUCAGGCUGGCAUCAUUCCCCAGUUGUGUGAAGAGCUCUUUGAGAAGAUCAAUGACAAUUGCAAUGAAGAGAUGUCUUAUUCUGUAGAGGUGAGCUACAUGGAAAUUUACUGUGAAAGAGUACGAGAUUUGCUGAAUCCAAAAAACAAGGGUAAUUUGCGUGUGCGUGAACACCCACUUCUUGGACCCUAUGUGGAGGAUCUGUCGAAACUGGCGGUCACUUCCUACACAGACAUUGCUGACCUCAUGGAUGCUGGGAACAAAGCCAGGACAGUGGCAGCUACCAACAUGAAUGAAACAAGUAGCCGUUCCCAUGCUGUGUUCACCAUUGUUUUCACCCAGAAGAAACAUGACUCUGAGACCAACCUUUCCACUGAGAAGGUUAGUAAAAUCAGCUUGGUGGAUCUCGCAGGAAGUGAACGAGCUGAUUCAACUGGUGCCAAAGGAACUCGAUUAAAGGAAGGAGCAAAUAUUAAUAAGUCUCUUACAACUUUGGGCAAAGUCAUUUCAGCCUUGGCAGAGGUGGAUAACUGCACCAGCAAGAGUAAAAAGAAGAAGAAAACUGAUUUCAUUCCUUACAGGGAUUCUGUACUCACUUGGCUUCUUCGAGAAAAUCUAGGUGGCAAUUCUCGGACUGCAAUGGUUGCCGCUCUUAGCCCAGCAGAUAUCAACUAUGAUGAAACUUUGAGCACUCUGAGAUAUGCAGAUCGUGCAAAACAAAUUAAAUGCAAUGCUGUUAUCAAUGAGGACCCCAAUGCCAAACUGGUUCGUGAAUUAAAGGAGGAAGUGACACGGCUGAAGGACCUUCUACGUGCACAGGGGCUGGGAGAUAUUAUUGAUAUUGAUCCAUUGAUCGAUGAUUACUCUGGAAGUGGAGGCAAAUAUCUGAAAGAUUUUCAGAACAAUAAACAUAGGUACUUGCUAGCCUCUGAGAAUCAACGCCCUGGCAAUUUUUCCACAGCAUCCAUGGGCUCCCUUACGUCAUCUCCAUCUUCCUGCUCACUCAGUAGUCAGGUGGGCUUAACAUCUGUGACCAGCAUUCAGGAGAGGAUCAUGUCUACACCUGGAGGAGAGGAAGCCAUUGAACGUCUAAAGGAAUCAGAGAAGAUCAUUGCUGAGUUGAAUGAAACCUGGGAGGAGAAGCUUCGCAAAACAGAGGCCAUCAGAAUGGAGAGAGAGGCCUUGUUGGCUGAGAUGGGAGUUGCCAUUCGAGAAGAUGGAGGAACUCUAGGGGUUUUCUCACCUAAAAAGACCCCACAUCUUGUUAAUCUUAAUGAAGACCCACUAAUGUCCGAAUGCCUGCUUUAUUACAUCAAAGAUGGAAUUACAAGGGUUGGCCAAGCAGAUGCUGAGCGGCGCCAGGACAUAGUACUGAGUGGGGCCCACAUUAAAGAGGAGCAUUGUAUCUUCCGGAGUGAGAGAAACAACAGUGGUGAAGUUAUUGUAACCCUGGAGCCCUGUGAGCGCUCAGAAACCUACGUGAAUGGCAAGAGGGUGACCCAGCCUGUUCAGUUGCGCUCAGGAAACCGCAUCAUCAUGGGUAAAAACCACGUUUUUCGUUUUAAUCAUCCGGAACAAGCACGGGCUGAGCGGGAGAAGACUCCCUCAGCUGAGACCCCGUCUGAGCCUGUGGACUGGACUUUUGCCCAGAGAGAGCUUCUGGAGAAACAAGGAAUUGAUAUGAAACAGGAGAUGGAGAAAAGGUUACAAGAGAUGGAGAUCCUGUACAAAAAGGAAAAGGAAGAAGCAGAUCUUCUCUUGGAGCAGCAAAGACUGGACUAUGAGAGUAAAUUGCAGGCCUUGCAGAAGCAAGUUGAGACCCGUUCCCUGGCUGCAGAAACUACUGAAGAGGAAGAAGAGGAAGAAGAAGUACCUUGGACGCAGCAUGAGUUUGAGUUGGCCCAGUGGGCCUUCCGGAAGUGGAAGUCUCACCAGUUUACUUCCUUAAGGGACUUACUCUGGGGCAAUGCCGUCUACCUUAAGGAGGCCAAUGCCAUCAGUGUGGAAUUGAAGAAGAAGGUACAAUUUCAGUUUGUUCUGCUGACUGACACACUGUAUUCCCCUUUGCCUCCCGAAUUACUUCCCACUGAAGUGGAUAAAACUCACGAGGAGAGACCUUUUCCUCGUACAGUGGUGGCAGUAGAAGUUCAGGAUCUGAAGAAUGGAGCAACACAUUAUUGGUCUUUGGAGAAACUCAAGCAGAGGCUGGAUUUGAUGCGUGAGAUGUAUGAUAGGGCGGGUGAGAUGGCCUCUAAUGCCCAAGAUGACAGUGAAGCUACGAUGACUGGCAGUGAUCCAUUCUAUGAUCGAUUCCACUGGUUCAAACUUGUGGGAAGCUCCCCCAUUUUCCACGGCUGUGUGAAUGAGCGCCUUGCCGACCGCACACCCUCCCCCACUUUUUCCACGGCCGAUUCCGACAUCACUGAGCUGGCUGACGAGCAGCAAGAUGAGAUGGAGGAUUUUGAUGAUGAGGCAUUCGUGGAUGACACCGGCUCUGACGCAGGGACGGAGGAGGGAUCAGAUCUCUUCAGUGAUGGGCAUGACCCGUUUUACGACCGGUCCCCUUGGUUCAUUUUAGUGGGAAGGGCAUUUGUAUACCUGAGCAAUCUGCUGUAUCCCGUGCCCCUGAUUCACAGGGUGGCCAUCGUCAGUGAGAAGGGAGAAGUGCGGGGAUUUCUGCGCGUGGCUGUACAGGCCAUUGCAGCGGAUGAAGAAGCUCCCGAUUAUGGCUCUGGAAUUCGACAAUCUGGAACAGCUAAAAUAUCUUUUGAUAACGAGUACUUUAAUCAGAGUGACUUUUCUUCAGUCGCAAUGACUCGUUCUGGUCUAUCCUUGGAGGAGCUGAGAAUUGUGGAAGGGCAGGGUCAGAGUUCUGAGGUCAUCACUCCUCCUGAAGAAAUCAGUCGAACGAAUGACUUGGAUUUGAAAUCAAGCACUUUGCUGGAUGGAAAGAUGGUUAUGGAAGGGUUUUCAGAAGAGAUUGGCAAUCAUCUGAAACUGGGCAGUGCCUUCACUUUCCGAGUAACAGUGUUGCAGGCCAGUGGGAUCCUUCCAGAGUAUGCAGAUAUCUUCUGUCAGUUCAACUUCUUGCAUCGCCAUGAUGAAGCAUUCUCCACCGAACCCCUCAAAAAUAAUGGCAGAGGAAGUCCCCUGGGCUUUUAUCAUGUGCAGAAUAUUGCAGUGGAGGUCACUGAAUCAUUUGUGGACUACAUCAAAACCAAGCCGAUUGUAUUUGAAGUUUUUGGGCAUUAUCAGCAGCACCCACUUCAUCUGCAAGGACAGGAUCUUAACAGUCCACCCCAGCCCUCUCGACGAUUCUUCCCUCCACCCAUGCCACUCUCCAGGCCAGUUCCAGCCACCAAAUUAAACCCCAUGAGCAAAACCAGCCUUGGCCAAAGCAUGAGCAAGUAUGACCUCCUAGUUUGGUUUGAGAUCAGUGAACUGGAACCUACAGGAGAGUAUAUCCCAGCUGUGGUUGACCAUACAGCAGGCCUGCCCUGCCAGGGGACAUUUUUGCUUCACCAGGGUAUCCAGCGAAGAAUCACAGUGACCAUUAUCCAUGAGAAGGGGAGUGAACUCCACUGGAAAGAUGUCCGUGAACUGGUGGUAGGCCGGAUUAGGAAUAAACCUGAGGUGGAUGAAGCUGCGAUCGAUGCCAUCCUGUCCCUGAACAUCAUCUCUGCCAAAUACCUGAAGUCUUCCCACAACUCUAGCAGGACUUUCUACCGUUUUGAGGCAGUAUGGGACAGCUCCCUGCAUAACUCCCUUCUUCUGAACCGAGUGACACCCUAUGGAGAAAAGAUCUACAUGACCUUGUCAGCCUACCUAGAGUUGGAUCAUUGCAUCCAGCCAGCUGUCGUCACCAAGGAUGUGUGCAUGGUCUUCUAUUCCCGAGAUGCCAAGAUCUCACCUCCACGCUCUCUGCGCAGCCUCUUUGGCAGUGGCUACUCAAAGUCACCAGAUUCCAAUCGAGUCACUGGAAUUUAUGAACUCAGCUUAUGCAAAAUGGCAGACACAGGCAGUCCGGGUAUGCAGAGGAGGAGGAGAAAAGUCUUGGAUACCUCGGUGGCAUAUGUGCGGGGAGAAGAGAAUUUAGCAGGUUGGCGGCCGCGUGGAGACAGCCUAAUCCUGGAGCAUCAGUGGGAACUGGAGAAGCUGGAGCUGUUGCAUGAGGUGGAGAAAACCCGCCACUUCCUCCUGCUGCGUGAAAGACUUGGUGAUAGCAUCCCCAAAUCCCUGAGUGACUCGCUGUCCCCCAGCCUCAGCAGUGGGACCCUCAGCACCUCCACCAGCAUCUCCUCUCAGAUCUCAACCACAACCUUUGAAAGUGCCAUCACACCUAGUGAGAGCAGUGGCUAUGACUCUGCAGACAUUGAAAGCCUAGUGGAUCGUGAGAAAGAGCUGGCUACCAAGUGCCUGCAGCUUCUUACCCAUACUUUUAAUCGAGAAUUCAACCAAGUUCAUGGCAGCAUCAGUGACUGUAAGUUGUCUGAUAUCUCUCCAAUUGGGCGGGAUCCCUCUGUGUCCAGUUUCAGCAGCGCUACCCUCACUCCCUCCUCCACCUGCCCCUCUCUGGUAGACUCUAGGAGCAACUCUGCGGAUCAGAAGACCCCAGAAGCCAAUUCCCGAGCCUCUAGUCCCUGCCCAGAAUUUGAACAGUUUCAGAUUGUUCCAGCUGUGGAAACACCCUAUUUGGCCAGAGCAGGAAAAAAUGAAUUUCUCAAUCUCGUUCCAGAUAUUGAAGAAAUUAGACCAGGCUCAGUGGUCUCUAAGAAAGGAUAUCUGCAUUUCAAGGAGCCACUUUCCAGCAACUGGGCUAAACAUUUUGUUGUGGUCCGCCGCCCUUACGUCUUCAUCUAUAACAGUGACAAGGACCCCGUGGAGCGUGGCAUCAUUAACCUGUCCACAGCACAGGUGGAAUACAGCGAGGACCAGCAGGCCAUGGUGAAGACACCUAACACUUUUGUUGUAUGCACAAAGCAUCGUGGGGUCCUUCUGCAGGCUCUUAAUGACAAAGACAUGAAUGACUGGUUAUAUGCCUUUAACCCACUCCUUGCUGGCACAAUACGGUCUAAACUGUCCCGCAGAUGCACAAGCCAGCCGAAAUACUAAGCUGCACUCGCCUUCGAGAGAUAAAGGAAGUGUUACCUCUCAUUCUCUUUGUGAUUCUUGACGGUUGCUCCUGUAUGUGACCCUGUGCUUAACUACUUUUCCCUCCUUGUCCAGCACUUUUUCUAGUUCUCCUGUUGCCCAUCUUCAUGGCUCUGUACUCUUUCCUUUUUUCUUGUGCUAAGAAUCUUGUUAGUAGCAUGUGGCCUAAUGAAAGGAAAAAAGAUUAACAGCAGUGCGCACCUAUAUACACACACACCUGAGGGGAUCCAGUGAGUCUCCACGUUAUUUUUUUGGUGUACUUUGGCUGCCUUUUGUAUGAAAGGGCCCAUCAUGACCACCACUGAGGUCUCACUGUUGUCUUUGGAUAAUACCUCUGACUGUUUUUCAAGGUUCCUUUUUUUUUCUUUUUUCUGUGAUAGCAUUAAUAUUUUCUUGGGUGGCUUAGAGACUAAGGGAGGAAAAAUCUGGCCUUGUUAGACCCUGAGAAAAAAAAUUUAUAUUUCCCCCCCUCCCUUCUGUCUCUUUUUUUCUGUGGCCAAUCCCUGUAUUUCCAUUCAGGGAAAAAGUUCUAGUGGGCUCAAGAAUGGGACAGUUAAGAUUCUGAGUCAAGCUGGGGGCUUACCCAGAGUACAGUUACAGGAUUUCAUGGAAUGGGAGCUGCAAGAGGAGCCUUUUCAGUAGGCUUGGGCCAUGGUUGCUGUUGGCCUUGUGGGAAGGGACAGGCCGAGGGUGCAGUGGGCUCACAAGACACAGGACCUGCAGUGGGCCAUGAAGGCAGCAGUCAGAGGGAACUUUGUGAACUGCUUUUCCCUACUGAGAGGAAGGCUCUUGCUCAGGAGUUUCUGAGUUCUGUUGUUGGCAUUAAGGAUGACAGUGGACACAUUAUGAAUUAGAGCAGCGUCAUGCACACAUUUCCCACAAGGGGGAGUGAUAAACUUGAUGCUGAGUUAGGGACUUGAUGUUGUAGCUCCUUUUGAUCAAAGUGCAGCUUUCAGUAUAAAUGUGGAAAUCUGCCUGUGCAUCCAGUAGCUCAUCACCCUGUACUCAUAAAUGAGCAAACAUGGCAGUCUUGACUUUCUGGAUCCCAAGAUUAAGACCAACUCCCACCACCUCUCCAAACAAAACAAGACAGACCUGGGGACAAAGAAUAGGGUGGAGUGAGCCCUUCCCCACAGUUUGCUGCUGUACCCUGCCCUGUCUCUCCUCCUCUGUUACUAUCUCCUCCAUGUAGUGUAGAAAUACCACCCAAGGAGAAAGGAGGGUGCUCACUGCCAACAGUCUCCUUUCCUGCUUACAGACCAGAUCCUUCCAUUUCCAAAGACCAGCAUAGAAGAUAACGCUGCUCCUGUCAACUGCCAGUGGGUUCUGUAGGAAUGACUGGGGUUAAAGAAAGCCCCCAUGUCCUUGAGGUGCUUUGCCAGUGACUCGGGGUUGCUCCCUGCCACCCUUCACUCCCCUGCUCACCUCUACUUCACCACUGCUCAGGCUUCCAGGAACAGGCCUGUGCUCUCCGUCUGACAGGAGUGAGGGCUCUUGGGCACUCUCAGGUAGUGGGGAGCUGAAUUACUUUCCAGUAGGUCAAGAGCUCUCACAUCCAGUCACUAGGGAGGCUUGUCAUCCAGGCUCCACUUCUGAACUCUGUCUAGUCUGGGUUGGGCUCUUCUCUGACGAGCCAGUCUCCGUGCCUCACUUAUGAUUGCCUUGGAAAGAGGAGGAAAGUGAAUCACGGAGAGCUUAAUAAAAGAAGCAGAGAAGUCAGACUUAUCUGAAAGGUGAUCAACAAAAUUUGUGGAUUUUUAAACAUGGGUCACUAACUUUAAUAUUGUUACCUAAGCGGUGUGUGAGGUUUUAAUGUAGUUAGAAGUCUUCAUGGUCUGCUGGACACGCACACCGUCCCGCAGGAUCUGUCUGCUGAGAGACAGCUUCAUGGAUAGCAGCUGAAGAUAAUUUCAGGGAAAUGAAGAUGAAAUUUGAAGGUCACUUGUAAAAUUAAAUCAGCAGUGUUGCUGCUGUUGAAUUGGACAGAAGGAUCGUGUCUGUGGCAGGGGGAGGUAGAAAGAGUGAAAUUGGGAUACACUGAAACAAAUGAUUUUUUUUUUUUUUUUUGGUCUAACUCAAAACUGGCUUGGAAAAGUCUUUGCUUUGGAGGGUCAGACAUUAGAAUGAGCCAAAUUGGACUGUAUUCACCACACGCCCAAAUACGAAGGCCUCAUUGGAAAAUCAGAGGUAGGAGAGUGGUCUGUCCUGCAAGGGGUCUUGGUCAGGCAUGCUUUCCCCCAUCCCAGGAGCCUCUGCCAUGGCUGAUGGGUACACACAGCCUUGGGUUCCACUCCUUUUCUUGGGGCCUAUAUUCAGAUCAGUUGAACAGUUCCAAGAUGCAUGUUUCCCAUUCCAAACAGGGCUGUCUCUGCUUUGAAGCUUAGGGAGAGGGUUUAGAGUAGACUGUUUAUGGCGCUCCAGCUGUAGCUGUGGUGGCAGGAAACUUGAAGAGAUCUGACCCAUCAGGUAACUACGUUUUCAGGUGGCUUAUUUAUUUUUUCUUACUUAAAGUAUUCAUUCAAAUAAACAAAAAGGCAAGAAAGAAAACUCAGCCACAGAAAAACGUGUGACAGUUAAAACUUCUCUCCCUUCCCCAUCCUCCUUUCUCCUACCAAAGUGAAAGAUGGCCUCACAACCAGCCCCAAACCAGUGCUCAGACUGUCCCUGUUUCUGUGUGCCACCCUGGGAGUCAGUCAGCUCUCAGGCCAGGACUGUGGGGGGCCAGCCAGCCCCUGCACACAGUCAGGAGCACAGGCCAGGCUGCUGCUGGUGGCUGGGUGGGCACCUGGACCCCAACACAUGGUUAAAAAGGAGAAAUUGUUGAUGUGAGGAAGGAAGUUUUCACAGCUAAGAAACCACUAUUAUUUUACUUGCUCCACCCAGCUAUAUAGAAUUUAGAUAGCUACUCACAUUAGAGAUGGAUGGAUUUUUCAGCUUUUUAGAUGAAGGAGUGAAUUAGAUCAUUUUGAAAGGUCUUUGGGGAUCUAAAAUUGAGGUGACUUCUCCUGGCACAAAUCCCAAAGCAAAGACUUUAUUGCCUGCUGCUUCUUAUCUAAUUUACAGGGAUAUUUAAUUUUGUAAGGUAUUUGUAUAUUUAUACAGCUAUAAUGAAUUGCACAUUGGACUGGAAGAGAAGGAUUCUCUUGGGUGCAGCACCUGUGGGAACUCUUCCUAUGUCUCCUGCUCUGGUGCUGGGCUCUGCUUGGGAUCUCCUGGACAGUGUCAGGGGUUGUUUGACUUGGGUCCUGUGCAUUUCCUUUGGGUUUCCUUUUCAAAAUGUGAUUAUUAACUUGCUCUUGAAGAAGAAAAGAAUAAUUCUGCUGCUGCUCUCAGGAGAUUGCUGGAUGUGUUUGAAUAGGACUCUGCAUGUGUGCACUGCAGCCGUCUGCCACGGCCCGUGACCCAUCAGCUUUGCAGGCCAGACCGUGACCCUGUGGAGCAGCUCAGAGAUCAUUUGCUGAGAGAUUAUUUGCUGCUGUUGUUCAAAAGGCCAUUUAUGAAGUUAGUAUUUGAGCCCUAUAAAAUCUUAUGAAAGCCCCCGAUCAUUUAAAAGAAGAAAUCAGAUUGAUAAAAGUUAAAAGCACAGCCAGAGGCUGGGCUGGGGCUCAGUGGCAGAGUGCCUGCCUGUCAUGCCUGAGGCCCUGGGUUCCAUCCCCAGCACCACAAAACAAACAACUCACAGCCAGAAGGCUGCUUAGGUGGGAAGUGCAAGCGGAGGUUAGCCUCCUGCCGAUCCCUGGCUGCUGUGUGCUGCUUUUCCGUGUCUUCCAGUUCAUUUAUUUUCAUGCUGUGUAUUCUGGCAUCAGUUCACCUGAGGAAUCCACCAGCCUUCUUGUGUUUAAGGCAUUGUCUUAAGACACUGUGGCUCUAAAGUACUUGUCUGUUGAGAUUGAAGUCUCUUGUCACCAUCUUCACACGCUAUAACAAAACCCAUGAAGCAUAAGUGGCCUUUUUGAACCAAGACUUUUGCAAACUGAUCUCUCCCCAGUGAAGGAGUUGAGCACAUUAGCAACAAUGUACAUUAUUAAUUUUGGAUUUUCAUUUUCAUGUUUUAUUUUGUAAAUACUAUCUGAUGUUUGGAGCUUGAGUAUACAGAAUGUAAAUAUAGUUCUUGUAUUUGUACUAAUUCUGAUUCUUUUGCUGUAUAGCCUUAGGUGUGCAAUGCAGACAUAGUAUCUAACUGUGUAUGGUAACUUACAUCACAGAACUAUUAGUGAACAAGGUAAAAAUAAUAAAGGUACAGCCAGUGCAUCAGAA